AUGAAUCUUCCAGCAGGACAAGCUCUUCAAAUGUCUCCAGCCAGCAGGCCCCACCCCGUGGUCAUUCAACUCCACAACGCACACGAAUCCCGUCGCCGCCGCCGUCACCGUUUGCCCGUUGCGAAUCCCGCUGACCCUCGGCUUGAUUUCAAUCUCUGA